AGUUUAAUCAGAUGAAACACAAUUUGUGAUUGGUCCGUUGUUGAUUAUUUCAACUUCUGGGCAAUGAMWWAGCAGUUUURAUCGUCAAUUUAAUAUUGAUUCCCUUGYCUCGAGAGCCUCAAGCCGAGCAAAUUUUUAAUGUCUGCUGGCACCUUAUGGAACUUGUGGUUCAUUGCUUAAUUGUACAACUAUAGAACUAGAAAAAUAACUAUGUUAUCAUUCGAGUCAUCGUCGACGAGCGUGCAUUCUUAUUGAAUUGAGCGCCGUUUUAUCUGAAAGAGCAGAAAAAAGAAGAAACGAAGACAUAAAAUGUUGAUGAACAAGAACUGAGCAAGUUUUGAAGAGAAGAGGCGGGGAAAUACUACCUUUUAAUUGUUUGCAAAAGUGGAACAAAAGGCUUGAACUAAAGACGCUUCGCCGAAUCCGACCAUCAAAGAUUUAAACAACAAAAGCCUGUGGCGUUGUACAUCAAACUGUUGUUUCUAUUCAUGUUUAUAUAAAUCGAAUAUAAACAAGCUUGAGUUGUUGACGGAGUUUUAUAUCGAUUCAAAUGCAACUAAUUUGCAAUUAACGGAUAGAAAGRGAGWUCAAAGUGAAACUAAAAUUURAGUGCGCGCAGCAAAAAGCAAACAAGGCAGAGAAGCUCUUGUCGCCAWAUGAACUGAAAGGUAUCCGUCGGUUUCCGCUUUUAGCGCAAGAACAACGCUACUGYAAAAGAAGAAAAGGAGAUUGAGUGACUAUCAGUAGAAGAUCAGAAUAACGAAGCUAAUUUCUCACCCUCAAGACCCCUCAACAUGAGCAAUACAUCGAGUCAGGAAGAGGUGAUUCUAUCUUUCAAGCGACAAGCCACUUAYGUUAACAUAUUCUUCAUAUCAUUACUCGGAAUCGCGAUUAUUUUCAUCAAUGGCUUGAUGAUGUACACGCUUAYAAUUGAYCCACAUCGUAGCUUCAACAGGCCAAAGAUUGCUUUGGAUUUCUGGCAUUUUUGUUCAGCUUGGUUAAUGGGAUUUCUCCUAGCACCUUUGAUGAUAACGGACCAAAUACUCAACUACACAGCUGAUAUUAAGAGCGAAAUUCUACGGAUUUYAACUGUAGCUUUCACACAAUUCUUSUUUUCAAACUGCGGCUUGAUUAACACAAUAUCGAUAYUUGAAGGAGUUAGCGGAGUCACUAAUCCUCAUUGGAGUCGAAAAACAUUCACAAGRAARAACAUAAAGAUUUUCCUUGUGGUUAUUUUCACUGUGGACUUCUUAUACCAAUGUYUAAUAGCGUUGAAUUCCUCUUUGAAACUACAUUCAAUAAUAUUUGUUCAUGUUUUUGUWGUGAUUCCACUUAUUGUUGACUCUGCUGUCUUUUUACGGGCAUAUGGACGAAUUCGCCGACCCAAAAACGGCAAUUCCAUUCAAGAUGCACCCUSUACCUUCAUGAAAGAAAAACUCGAAAUGACGAAAAGGCGGAAUAAAAAAAUCGCUGCGAAUUUYAUUAAAACAAUAAUAGCUUUCUUUACGCCCUAUGUAGUGUCUGCAAUUGCUUACUAUGCACACAUAAUGCUUGUCUUCCUCUAUGAUUCAAGCAAAGACGAAGAAACAAGAUGGCGGAUUGUUCUAGGCAAGAUAAGUCUAACUUUAAUUUACAUCUAUCCAACGUUUAAUGCUUUGGCUCUGGCUGUCAGGAUUCCAGAGUACAGGAAGUCAAGCAAGUGUAUUUUGAGCAGAGCAAUCAGAGCAAGAAACACUCAAUCAUAAUAAACAUACAUCGUGAACACCAGGGUUAUAAGUACUAUUAUACUCUGUACAUAAAAUGUACACACAUUGAUUGUGCCCAACGCAUGUAAAUACGUAAAUUCUUUAUAUMAAAAACAAGACGCGCUCUGUCGGCGAAACAUAAAACACAAGUAAAUGGCCAAGGUUUAAUGAAUCCUUUCAAUUGCCGCUAGCAUCUAUUAUAUGGAUGUUUGCCAUACACGUUUUAAGAUAAUUUGCGAGGAAAGAUAGACAAUUCUUCAAUAAAAAGA